GCUGCGCCCGGGGCAGGUUGGGGGCUUUGCGGGGCUGGGCGCCGCGUCCCUCCCGCAGCCGCCGGCAGGGCCGGACCGGGGCGCGCUGCACCGGGGGCCGGGCGAGGGCAUGUGCCGCUGGGCAGCCGCGGCCCCAUCGCUCGCGGGGGGGAGAGCGGGGAAAUGGCUGCAGGGGCUUCGGCGCAGGGGCCCAUGACCUUUGAGGAUGUCGCUGUGUAUUUCACCAAGGAGGAGUGGAAGAAACUGGCCGGAUGGCAGCGGGAGCUGUACCGCCACGUAAUGCUGGAGAAUUACGAACUGCUGGCCUCACUGGGCUCUGCAAGCCCCAAACCUGAGCUCGUCUCUAAUCUGGAGCGAGGGGAAGAGCCGCAUGUCAGGGACAGCCAGGAGCUGCGAUCGAGGGAGAGCCCCAAAGGAGAGCGACGGAGAGCCCCAGACUCUUCCAAGCGUCGCCUCUCUUGCUGCACAACCGCAGUCAUUUCCAAGAGGAAGGAGCUCUCGCUGGCUGACCGGGUCAAGCUGCUGCAGGCCCUAGAGUCACCCUCUGCCUCCCUGUCCAGCGUGGCCAAGCUGUUUGGGAUCUCCAAGAGCCAGGCGGGCCGGAUCGGCCGCAGCAGGGAGCAGAUUCUGGCCGACUGGCGCACCAACGCCAACCCACUGCGGAAGCGCAAGCGGGAGGGCAAGGGCGGAGAGGUGGAGGACGCGCUGUUCCUCUGGUUCCAGCAGGCCCUGGCCAGGGGGGAGAGGCUCUCGGGCCCCAUCCUGAAGGCCAAGGCCCAGGAGCUGGCCUUGCACUCAGGCCGGGAGUUCGAGGCCACGGACGGCUGGCUCUGCCGGUGGAAGACCCGCCACAACAUCGUCUUCAAGCGGCAGCUCGGCGAGAAGCAGGACGCGGAUGUCGGCAGCGCCCACACCUGGGUGAACGAGGUGCUGCCCUCCCUGCUGGCCGGCUACAGUGCCGAGAACAUCUUCAAUGCCGACGAGACCGGGCUGCUGUACCGCUGCUACCCCGGCCGGGACCCACCACUCCUGAGCAGCAAGAAGGCCAAGGACCGCGUCUCCGUCCUCUGCUGCGCCAACCAGGCCGGCACGGAGAAGAGGCGCCUGCUGUUGGUGGGCAAGAGCCGGCGGCCGCGGUGCCUGCCCAAGGACCUGCGCGCCCUGCCCAUCACCUACGCCAACUCAGCCAACGCCUGGGUGACCGCGCACAUCUUCCAGCAGUGGGCUCUGCAGUGGGACCAGGAGCUGCGACGCAACCGGCGCAAGGUCCUGCUCUUCCUGGCCCACAACAGCGCCCACCCCCGCGAGCUGCAGGCCAAGCUGCGCCACAUCAAGCUGGCCUUCUUCCCCCCCAACACCAGCAGCAUCACCCAGCCCUUGGACAUGGGCGUCGUCCGCAAUCUGAAGGGACACUACCGGGCACUGGUGGCGGCCAAGGCCCUGCUGAGCCCAGAGCAGGGGCGGGCGGCUGAGAUCGCCGGGCGGGUCACACUGCUGGACGCCGUUUACAUGCUGCACCAGGCGUGGAGCCUGGUCCGGCAGGCCACGGUGCAGAGCUGCUUUCGGAAGGCCGGCUUCCACCUGGCGCCCUUUGAGCGGGAGGAGCUGGACCUGCCGCCGCUGGCCGACGUGCCCCGGCCGCCCUUCAUGAGCGAGCAGGACUUCAGCGAGUUCGUCGGCAUGGAUGCCGAGGAGCCGGCCGUGGGCGAGAUGACCAGUGAGGAGUGUGCCCUGGCCCAGAGGAGCCAGUGGGCCGAGGCUGCUGAGUGCUCAGAGGAGGACGGGGACCUGGACCCAGGGAGCCAGGUCACCGCUGCCGAGGCCCUAGCCGGUCUGUCUGCUGCCAUGAAGUGGUGCCAGGUUCACGGCCUGGUGUACCACUGGGAGAGACUGCUGGAGACAGAGAGCACCGUGCGAAUGGCCGCUGUGGCCGAGGCCAGCCAGAGCCGGGCCCCUGGUCGCUCCCGCUACGUGCCUGGCGUGGGGCUGCUGGCUCCGCCCGGGCUGGGCUCGGCCUGCUCUGACCCCUCCUGCAGUGCUGCCGUCUGACCCACUCCCCACCCUUCCCCCUGGGGGGCUCGGACAGCAUGGCAGGGUGAGCCCAGUGCCGCAGGCUGCCCGCAGGGUGGGGAGGGGAAGGGCCAGGGUUCCCCAGGGCUCGGUGUCUAAACUGCGAGUAGAUCAGGCGGGGGGGGGCA